AUGCUUCCAUACUUCUUUAUGAUGGCAGCAACAUUUGCGGCCGCGAUAACUCGCCGAGGCCUCAAUUGGGAUUAUGAUAACGACAAAAUACGAGGUGUAAACCUUGGUGGCUGGUUUGUCCUCGAACCAUAUAUCACCCCAUCAUUAUUUGAUGUUUUUGGUUCCAAUAUCCCAGUGGAUGAGUACCACUAUUGUCAGCAACUAGGCAAGCAAGUGUGCCAAGAAAGACUCGAAACUCACUGGAAAACUUGGUACACGGAAGACGACUUCAAAUCUAUCAAAGAUGCUGGUCUCAAUGCCGUAAGAAUCCCCAUUGGAUAUUGGGCAUAUGAACUUUUGGACAAUGAUCCUUACGUCCAGGGCCAAGACAAAUACUUGGAACAGGCAUUGGAGUGGUGUAGAAAUAACGAUCUUAAGGCAUGGAUCGACUUGCACGGUGCUCCUGGAUCACAAAAUGGGUUUGAUAACUCGGGACUUCGUGGUCAAGUUCAAUUCCAAUGGGGCAACAAUGUCCAGGUGACUCUUGAUGCCUUGAACAAAAUCUUCAAAAAGUACGGUGGAUCCGAUUACGAGGACGUUGUCAUUGGAAUUGAGGCCCUCAACGAACCCUUGGGUCCUAGUCUUGACAUGAACAAACUCAAAGACUUUAUUAAUCAAGCAUACUCAAACCUUCGUGACACAGGAUCUGUACAGGCAUUGGUUGUGCAGGACGCAUUCCAGUCAAAUACUUACUGGAAUGAUCAAUUGCAAACCCCCAAUGCUUGGAAUGUGGUAAUUGACCACCAUCACUAUCAGGUAUUUUCUCCUUCACAACUCCAGACUUCAAACAAGGACAGAAUAAACAACGCCUGUAUGUGGGGCUGGAGCCUGAAGGAAGAGUCCCACUGGAAUGUGGCUGGCGAAUGGUCGGCUGCGUUAACAGAUUGUGCUAGGUGGCUCAAUGGUGUUGGCCGUGGUGCCAGAUGGUCAGGAAACUACGAUAACAGUCCAUACAUUGGCUCAUGUGACCCAUAUACCGACGUUGCCAAUUGGCCCAGUGAUUACAGAACCGAUGUCCGCAAAUAUAUCGAGGCUCAAUUGGAUGCAUUCGAAGUUGCUGCCGGAUGGUUUUUCUGGAAUUGGAAAUGUGAAGAUGCCAUCGAAUGGGACUUUAAGCGGUUGACAGCUGCUGGGGUAUUUCCAAGUCCUGUCACCGAAAGAACCUAUCCCAACCAAUGUAAAUUCUAG